UAAGACUGCUCCUUUAAGGGUGAGCAGUAGUUUGAGGAAAUAGGAAGUCAGUCCAGUUUACUGUCUAUGGUAACACUUAGCACAAAGACACACACAAAAAAAAAAAAAAAAAACAAUAGGUUUGUGAAUGAUGGCAGGAAUAAAAGCUCUUGUUGCGUUAUCCUUCAGUGGUGCACUUGGACUGACUUUUCUCCUUUUGGGAUGUGCACUGGAACAUUUUGGAGUGUACUGGCCAAUGUUUGUCCUGAUCUUCUACAUUCUGUCACCUAUCCCAAAUUUAAUAGCCAGGAGGCAUGCGGAUGACACUGAGUCAAGCAAUGCAUGCAGGGAGCUUGCAUACUUCUUAACCACUGGAUUUGUGGUGUCCGCAUAUGGGCUGCCCGUUGUGCUUGCACGAACAUCUGUGAUCCAGUGGGGCGCCUGUGGCCUAGUAUUGGCAGGCAACUGUGUCAUUUUUCUGACCAUUCUGGGUUUCUUCCUGAUAUUCGGAGGUGGAGAUGACUUCAGCUGGGAACAGUGGUAAAACCUAUCCAGAAGAAGAACAAAACUACUUUAUAAACUGCAAAACUUUAAAUCAUUUGGCAUGGCCGUGCUGAUUAACCCAUGCCUUGACAGAGACUGUCAGUUGCUUUCUUUGUUUUAAUCUCAGUUAUGGCUGCUCUGUCUUUCUGCUUCUGUCUUUUCAUUUGCAUUACACCUCGGCAUGUGCAUGGCUCUGGGUAUGCAAUGAUUUGCUGAAAAAUUGGGUUUAAAAUAGUUUAAACAGUAAAAUGUAAAGGGUGAAUCUCAUAAAUCCUGUACAGCACAGUUUGGGUCAUAUUUACUCAAGUUAAAAGCAAAAUAAUCGAUUAUAUUCUGCUUAAAAUGAAGCCAAUUUUAGGAGCAUUUAAGAUUAUUUUUUCCUGUUAUGUUUAUAAUUAAGUGUCUUACCUUCUCACAAUGGAAAAAUAACUUAAUAUAUAUUUAGAUAUCAUUUGAUUAGUGUCUUUAUUAUUAUUAUUAUUAUUAUUAUUAAUAAGAAUUUCUGCAUUUAAAAUAUGUACCUUUUGGUUUUGGGGUGAACUAUCACACAGUACACUGUUUUUGUGAGAUUAAUGCUUAAAGAAUUAAUUGUAUGAACUAGAAAUAAUUUAUGCAAUCCAAUAAAACCAUAAUUAAGAUUAAUAAUUUAAUAAUACAUAAAGGUAAGAGCAUAGUAUGAGCAUUUUUUCUGUCUUUUUUUUUAGCAGCUUUUAUUAAAUUAUUAACAGUCAUAAUUUGCACUUGAUAUAUAGGCCUACCAGUUAUUAAUAAUCUAAUAAUGCCACUGUCACCUUCGAGUUAAAGCGAUGCUUUGUGUUUGCUGUCUGAAGUGUUUUUGUCUUGGUCUUUGCAAUGCCACUAAUGUCAAUUACGGAUUGGACCUGUCAAGCUUUAACCUUCUGUGUACACCACGUUACCAAAGCGGACAUCUUCCUGCUGUUGUGUUCCUUUAUUCCUUGUCUACGUCUUUUGCACGUUUCCAUGUGGGUCUGUAGAAACGGGAAGAAAAUUUUACAAAGCGUGCAGAAUACAGUCAUGAAGAGCCUUUCUAAAUAUUCUGGAAUGUUUAGUUUAGUUACUUUUUAUUUGAAUUGUAUGUGAUCCAUGCAGUGCCGGAAACAUUUUCAUACAACUGACAUAACUCCACAUCAAAGCUUAUGAAACACUAUGACAUGAUAGUUAUGUCACUUAAUAAACAGUAGGCUAUAUAGUAAAUGCAGCGUCUGAGAUCCAGUUUAAAGUCUUAGUUCAGUGGUUGACAGUUUCACUACUUGUGUUAUCAUUAAUAUUUUACAAAGGAUUAUAAGCUUAUAAAUGUAUCCACUAUUUGAAAUCUUUCUGUUUUGUUUCAUCAGAUGUUAGACUGACUUUACAUUGAAUCAUUUGUAUAGGGAUGGUUUCAUGUAUUUUUGUGAUCUUUGACUCUGUUUAAGCACUUUCAAACUAUAUACAUUUGAUUAUAUAAAUUAAAACAUUAGAAUUGUU